UAGAAACAUUGCUAAAAAAUCGUGUGUUUAUCAAGUUGCCAGCAAAUAAAUUUUUUCAUUUAAAAUUCCGUUUUUAAAGUUUACUACUGAGCGAAAUCAUGGGAAAACCGAAGAAAGGAUCAAAGGAUGUUGAGAUUGAGGAAGCUAGUGACAAUGAAAGCAGACAGCAAAAUGUAGCUAAUGAUUCGGAUGAGGAGGAUAAAAAGGCGUCUAAAAAAGGUGCUGAUAAGUCUAAAAAGUCAAAAAAUAAGGCAAAAAUUGCCAAUUCCGAAAGUGACGAAGAACAAGAAGUAAAUAAUAAAAAGACAUCGAAGAAAAAGUCCAAGAAGAAUGCACAUGAUGAUGAUGAUAAUGGAGUUCCAUCAACAACUGUAUCGGCUUUCAAUUUGCUUAAACUCGACGAUUCUGACGAAGCUGGAAAUUAUGAAAAAAGUGACGAGGAAUCGAGCACUAAAAAAGGCAAGCAAAACAAAAAGAAUAAAAAGGAAUCUGCUGUUAAUGAGGAACCGGCAACGACUGGUGGCAAAAAAGCUAAAGGUAAAAAGAAGAAGGGCGGUGAUGAUGAAGAUUGGGAUGCUAUUCUAGCUGAAUAUCAAGACGAUUCAAAGCCAGAACCGCCAAAAAUUGAAGAAUCUAAGAAAAAGGAUAAGAAAAAAGGUCAAGCACCAAUUGUAGCUGAACAAACACCUCCACCAGCGCCUAUUGAGGAACCAGAGAAACAACCAGCAAAGAAAAAAGGUCAAACUGCAACAGUAACUGAACAAUCAACUGAAAAGCCAUCGAAAACAGCAGAAAAACCAGCUGAAAAUGAACCUACUGGAGCUGCAGCUAAAAAGAAAAAAGGACCUAAUAAAGCACUUGUUGCUGCUAUGCAGGAAGCCUUAAAAAAGAAGCAGGAAGAAGAUGAGCGUUUACAGCGUGAAGAAAAUGAGAAAAUUAAGGCACUUGAAGAGGCUGAUAGACUAAAACAGGAGAAAGAAAAACUUGAACAUGAACGUAAAGAACUUAAAAAGCAAAAAGAAAAGGAACGUAAAGAAAGAUUAAAGGCUGAAGGCAAAUUAUUGACUGCUAAGCAAAAAGCUGAUCGUGCUCGUGCAGAAGCAAUGAUUCAAAGUCUAAAAGCUCAAGGUGUUGAUGUUCCUGGCGUUGGAGAAAAACGUGAAGCACGUCCAUCAGCUCGAAUGUUGCGUUCAAAACAAAAGAAAGAAGAAACAGUUCCUCAAACAACUGAGGGAUCGAAACAAACUGUAGAAAGUGAUGAAAAACCGAAUGAACAACAAACUUUAAAAGUUCCAGAACCUCCCAAAGAGGAAAUUAAGGAUUCAUGGGAUGUAGAAUCUGAUAGCGAGGACAAAGAAGCUCAAGAAGCCACUCCAGAGCCUGAAAAAAAACAAGGACAUAAAGGAAAACCUGAAUCGUCUGAGGAUGAAUCUGAUACAGAAACUGAGCUAGAAGACGAGGACGAUUCAGAUGGAAGCGACGAGGAACCGACAAAAGACGAACAUCACGAGAAAGAUCCACCAGAUGUGAGAAUUAGAAAACGUGAAGUAGCAGCUGAGAAUAAGAGGACAACAGACUAUUUGCGUGCAGCAGUUGUUUGUGUUUUGGGUCAUGUCGAUACAGGUAAAACAAAGAUUCUUGAUAAAUUGCGACGAACAAAUGUACAAGACGGAGAAGCAGGUGGAAUUACUCAACAAAUUGGAGCUACAAAUGUUCCAAUUGAUGCGCUUAAAGAAAAUACAAAGCAUGUUAAAGGAGCAUCUGAAAUGGAUUAUAGAGUUCCGGGACUUUUAAUCAUUGACACACCAGGUCACGAAAGUUUCAGUAAUUUGAGAAAUCGUGGUUCGUCACUUUGUGACAUUGCUAUUCUUGUAGUUGACAUUAUGCACGGUUUGGAGCCUCAAACAAUUGAAUCAUUAAACUUGCUAAAAUCCCGCAAAACACCGUUUGUAGUUGCUUUAAAUAAAAUUGAUCGAUUGUAUGAUUGGCAAACAAUGCAACGAAAGGAUGUUCGUGACAUAAUUAAAGCUCAAAAUCAGAAUACACAAAAUGAAUUUGACAAGCGUUUGAAGGAAGUAAUUUUACAAUUUAAUGAACAAGGUUUAAAUGCUGCAUUAUUCUACGAAAAUACUGAUACUAGAACAUUUGUCAGCUUGGUGCCAACUAGUGCAAUUACAGGCGAAGGAAUGGGAAAUUUAUUGAUGCUUAUAGUUCAAUUCUCACAGAAUCAACUCGCCAAACGUUUAGCAUAUUCGGAAGCACUUCAAGCGACUGUUUUGGAAGUUAAAGCCAUUCAAGGUUUAGGAACAACAAUCGAUGCAAUUUUAGUUAAUGGAAAAUUAAGAGAAGGAGACACAAUGAUUAUUGCUGGAACUGAAGGUCCGAUUGUAACACAAAUUCGAGCUCUCUUAAUGCCACAUCCAAUGAAGGAAUUGCGUGUUAAGAAUAAUUACAUUGAACAAAAGGAAGUAAUUGGUGCACAAGGUGUUAAAAUUGCUGCUAAGGAACUCGAAAAAGCUGUCGCUGGAAUCAACUUGCAAAUUGCUCAGGAACCUGAUGAAGUCGAUUAUUACAAGAAAAUGGUUGCAAAAGACCUUCAAUCGGUUCUUCGCAGCAUCAAGCUUAGUGAUCAAGGUGUGUUUGUCCAAGCAUCAACAUUAGGAUCUUUGGAGGCUUUGUUGGAGUUCUUAAAAACAUCCAAAAUUCCGUAUGCUGGCAUUAGGAUUGGUCCAGUAGUCAAACGUGAUGUAAUGAAGGCAUCGAUUAUGUUGGAACAUCAAGCUGAAUACGCAACAAUUUUGGCAUUUGACGUCAAAAUCGAACGCGAUGCACAAGAUUUGGCAGACAGUUUAGGCGUCAAAAUAUUCCAAGCUGACAUCAUCUAUCAUUUGUUCGAUAAAUUUACUGCCUAUCGAGAAGAAUUGAAGCAACAGAAACGAGAUCAAUUUAAAUCAAUUGCUGUUUUCCCAUGUAAACUGAAGAUUUUGCCACAAUUUAUAUUCAAUUCGCGCGAUCCGAUUGUAAUGGGUGUAAUGGUUGAAGCUGGAAUUGUGAAGGAAGGAACGCCCAUAUGUGUUGUAAGAACGAAAGAUGAUAAAACUGAGACCGAAAUCCUAGGAAUCGUCGCAUCAAUCGAAAACAAUCACAAGACAGUCCCAACUGCACGAAAAGGCUUAGAAGUAUGCAUCAAGAUUGAACCUGUUCCCGGCGAGACACCGAAAAUGUUUGGUCGACAUUUUGAUGAGAAUGACAUGUUACUUAGCAAGAUAUCACGUGAGAGCAUCGAUGCAUGCAAGGACUAUUUCCGUGAUGAGCUAGUUAAGACAGACUGGACUUUGAUGGUCGAAUUGAAGAAGUUGUUUGGAAUUUUGUAAACAAAUACAAUAUGCUGAUUUUUUUGUUUGCUAUUCUAUAUUAAUAUUUUAAAUUCCUUUUUUUGAUGAUAAUGAGAAAUUAAUCAAGAUUGGAUGAAUCAAGAUUUUCAAAAGGUUCAUGCAAGAAAUAAUAAAAUUUAUAAUGUUUU